CCUGCCGCCGUGGGGUCUGUGGGGCCCCGUCUGUGUUGUGGCUCUGUGCGCCUUUGGCCGUGCUGUGCUCUGGGUACGCUUGAGCAGAUGGGUUUGGGCUGGAGCAGACGGCGGGUCUUUUGUUCCCCACUGGAGUCUGGCUUCCCUCUUUUGUAUUAAAUCUCUGUUUUCUGUUUUGCAUAAGGCUGCCUCUUGAGUUGUGUCUGGUUGCGUUUUAGGAGGGCCCUCGGGAUUCCAGCUGGCAGGGCUCGGGCUGCAACCUGCUGCUUAGCAUUUUUGCCGGCUCAGGAGCCAGGUGGAGGGGGGGGUGUCACUAUUUCAUGGGAGGGGGCUCUGCCCAAAGAGCUCCGAGGCCUUCUGCAGUUGCCUUAAAACUCUGCGUCCGAAAUGCAGUCCUGGUGGCGCUUCCGCCGAAUUUUUUCAUCUGAAAGGUGUGGAUUUGUCUUUUCUGGUUAAAAGUGCUGGGACUGGCCAUUUCGGACUAGCUGAAGGAGAGUAGGGCAGGCACAGACUGCAAUGGGGUGGGAUUUACUCCCCCCGCCCAUGUCUCCCCCCCACACACACACACACUGGAAGCCAGAGGGCCAGCAGCCACCGGAGAGAGGUGCCACUUGGGGGCUCAGCACCGAGAGCGAACCUGACUUCACAGUUGCCAAUCUCCAGCCGAGGAUUUUAGCCGAGCUCUUCAACACCCCCUUCUGCCCAUAGAAGAGGUCCGAGGCAAGGAAUGGCUGCUCCUCUUUGACCAGCGAGAGAGGAGUCCGUUGGCCCAGGGGAAGAAGCUGUGGGGCAGAGAGAGUGUGAGCCUUGGAGUCUGAAGGACCCGCAGGGCUGUGCGAGGCCAACUCCAAGCGGGACGUCUUGCCUGGGCGAGGCCGUGCGCGGAGGGUUGUGGUCUGUGUGGCCCAGACACCUCCUGGGCCUGCACCCUUGCUUGGAAGGGCAUCUCCCUGGCGCUGGAGGGACCUUCUCCCCCGUGACCUUGGAGGUUAAGGGCCCUUCUUUCUCCAGGCUUGCCCAGAUCCUGCCUUGGAGCUGGGCCAGUGUGGGGGAGGUUAGUAUUUGGGUUAACUUUUGGAAUUUGGUUUUGGAACGUUGGCCCCUUUUGGCACCCAGAAUUUUGUAUGGCCUUUAUAGUUGUGCUUGUGUAUUAUUUUCUCCCUGGAUUUUUUAAUUCUCUUUUUGUAAGCUGCUUUGGGAUAUGUGGAAAAGGGCAGGACCCGCAUGGACGCAGCAUCCUUCACCAGUGGGCGGGCAGGGCUCUGCAUCUGGGUCCCGCCCUGGCUGGCCGGCUGGCUUGCCACAGACCCCACACGGUCUCUCUGGGGACACCCCUGCGUGCGUGGGGGCUUCCUCUUUACGUCACCCCUUCAGAGGUGGGUGAGUGCAGCCCAAUGUGCAGCCCAAGAUGUGCAGCCCAAGAUGUGCAGCCCAAGAUGUGCAGCCCAAGAUGUGCUCGAGCAUCUAAGAUCAGCAACCCCGGAAGGAGGAUUUGACCUGGAAGAGGGAACCUCGGACUCCACGGAGGCAAGGGCGGACUGGCCGAGGCCAGGUGGCGAGUCCGUCCCAAGCGACGCCUCUGAGGGAGCCCAGCUGGCCAAGGCUGCCGGAUGCCGCCUGCACCCACCAAUCCGCUCCAUGGGGCGAGAUCCGCAAGAACGAGGCUGGGCCACUUAGACCCCUGGUUUGCAGGGCUGUGUGAGGAUGGCGCGAUGUCUCGGAAGGGCUGCCCAGUAUCCAUGGAGAAUCAGCCUAAAGGCGGUGUGCUGUGGCCACUAAAUGGAGCCUCCAUGGUCAGAGGCACUCCACCCCUGACUAUGGGGUGUGAGGCGCCAAAGAGAGGGCAGGGUUGUGCCCGUGCCCUGGGGGGGAGCUUCCAGAGAGACCCAGACAACCAUUGCUGGAACCAGAACGCUUGACCAGACAGACUCUUGCCUGACUUGGCACAGCAGCCGUUCCAUUCCCGGUAGAAGGGAGAGGUCUUUGAUUUGACACAUGGGGAACAAGGUGAGGAGUCUGUGGCUUGGCCAGUUCCGCUUUCCCAGCUCAGAGCCGUCCUGCCUGUCUCUUCCCUUCGGACAUCGCGGAGGGGGCUGCGGAGGAGAGCAGCUGCAGCACCUGGCCUCCGUGGAGCACCUGCUCAGCGGCUGGCGGCCUCCUCCUGCACUUGUGGGCAGAAGCACGAGAGGCCGGGCACUUGCCUCUGCCAUGUCUGACCCGGAAGACGAGGACGAGACGUGUUGGAAUAACCUGGAGAGCUUCCGCGUGAAGCUGAUUUCGGUGAUCGACCCGUCCCGGCUCACGCCUUACCUCCGGCAGUGCAAAGUCCUCAGCCAUGACGACGAAGAGCAAAUCCUCAACGACCCCAGCCUGGUGGUCAGGAAACGGAAAGCAGGGGUCCUCCUGGAUAUUCUGCAAAGGACAGGUCAGAAGGGUUUUGUGGCCUUCUUGGAGAGCCUGGAGCUGUACUACCCUCACCUCUACAAGAAAGUGACGGGCAAUGAUCCCACCCGAGUCUUCUCUGCAAUUAUAGACGCAGCCGGGGAGUCCAGCCUGACGGAGCUGCUGAUGAACGAGAUCACGAAGCUGCAAGGCGCCAUCCGGGGGGAGCGGCACAAGCUGCAGGAGCUGAGCCUGCUGCUGCAGGCCAAGGAGGACCUCCUCAAGGAGCUGCGGGUGCGGGACAACGUGCUGCGCAAGCACCAGGAGCGGGCCCACAAGAUGAAGGAGGAGCGGGACCGGCUGGGCCAGGAGCUCAGGCGCUGCAAGGAGGAGAACUACCAGCUGGCCCUGAGCUACGCCAAGCAGAGCGAGGAGAAGAACGCGGCCCUGAUGCGGAACCGGGACCUGCAGCUGGAGAUCGACUGCCUGAGGCACAGCUUGCUGAAGGCCAAGGACGACUGCAAGCUGGAGCGGAAGCACACGCUGAAGCUGAGGCACGCCAUGGAGCAGCGGCCCAGCCACGAGGCGGUCUGGGAGAUGCAGCGCCAGAAGGACCUGCUGCUGGCCAAGAAUAAGGAGCUGGAGAGCACCCUGCAGGUCACCAAGGAAGGCAGCUCCGAGAAGGACGGCAGCAGCGUCUCCCUGCAGGCCUUCGAGGCGGAGCGGACGCGGAUGUCGGGGGAACACCAGGAGAUGGUGAACGCCGUCCAUGACAUCCGCCAGGUGCUCCGGAAGACGGAGGAGUCGCGGAACAAGCAGCUGGUGGAGGAGAAGGAGAUGUUAGAGUUGCAGUGCACGUCGCUGCAGAACGACGCCCAGAUCUACCAGGACCGGAUCGAGGCCAUCCUGAAGCAGAUGGAAGAAGUGGCUGCCGAAAGGGACCAGGCCCUUCUGACUCAAGAAGCCUUCCACAAGCAGUUCUCCCAGAGCCUGGUGGACAAAGACGCCUACCGGAAGCAGAUCCGGGAACUCGGGGAGAGGUGCGACGAGCUGCAGCUGCAGCUGUUCCAGAAAGAGGGGCAGCUGCUCAGCGCGGAAGCCAAGCUGAAGAGGCUGCGCCUGGAUCCGGCCACGGCGACUUCCGAUCUCGAGGAAACUUCGUCGCGAAGCUCCCAAGAACUCACUCCCCACGGAAAUGCUGACGAGGACCUGAAUGCUGCGGACAAACAAGACGGCCCCAACAUGCAGGAUCGGCUGCUCAGCCCUCUGGGAAACCUUCGCCUUCCCAAGUCACCAGUGGACGGCGGCCCGCUGGACAGGGAGCUGGUGGAGAAGGAGCGCCGACGCAUGAAGGACGGUUUUGAGCACUGCCGGAGAAAGAGGGCCCUGAGAAGAGUGCAGAAGGGCAGGUACCACAAGGCGGACUGGGAGAACACCACCGGCAGCGACAACUCCGACACGGAAGGCUCCUGAUGGCAUCCCCUGCGUCGGAAAGGAAAUGGCGCCCUUUGGAGAAGGUUCUCUUGGGGGCGUGCACACACACGCACACACACACACACAGGGGGCUUGGUCUCUUCAUUCCUUGGGGCCAUGCAGGAGACUGGAGAGUCCCUCCAUCUGGACCAGGUAGCAUUUCCAGUGCCAGGUGCCAGCUUGUGAAAUUGCUCAGGCUGGAUGGGAAAUGUGGUGGGAGGGCUUCUGUUGCCCGACUGCCCCCCAUCUGCAGUCCGUGCUAGCUCUGUCUUUUGGAUGGAGCCGCAGCUGGAAUGCGGAACUUAGGAUCUGGCUUUGGAAUCUUCUGUGGACCUGUUAUUAAUUGUAACCUCUCUUCGGAGUAUUCCAUGCCCAUCAGGAGCUGGGAGCAAGCAGAGUCCUUGCAACGCCCUGACAGUUGGUCAGGAUGUAAACUUGCUGUUAGGAGAUGGAGCCAAGAACGCGAUAAGUAAUUAGGGACAGACAGAACUCGAGGACGGCAGGGAAGGUGAGCUGUUGCUCGAGGUGGCUGGGAAUCGAACACUGAUGAGCUGUGUGGGGUUUUGUAAUUAUCAUUCAAAUAAUGGUUAGAAGGGCUGGAAUGUUUAAAAUCUGUUAAGUUGGUUGGAUCAUUCCAGGCAUAAAUGCACCCACACUCAGAUGAACUGUGCAUUUGUUUUGAUAAUUAGAAACUGAAAUCAUGAAGGUUUUAUUUAAAAUAGAUCCAGUAUUAUUGCACUUUCUUCUAAUUUUGUUCCAGGUCUAUUGACCUUAAUCAAAUAAAAAUAAUGUAAAAUAAA